CAUGUUUACUGGACCUAAGCCCAUUAAGAAGGGGAUCAUAGUAUCAUAUUGUACACAACCGAACAUUUUCAAAAUAGCUCCAUAACGUAUCAACCUCUCCUUUAGAAGAAGAGAUAAGGUAUAGGAGUACCCUGACUCAUGGUUCCUCAAUGAUAAGGCAUUACAUCCUUUUAAAAUCUUUUUGUGGACAUGAUGCAUGUAAUGUCAUCAGCCACACCAUACGUUAGAAUCAAGAUACAUAUAUGCUUUUGUCCGUUAGAUGGCAACUAGUACUAUAUAUACCUAUACAUCAAUAGGCACUAAAAUCACUCAUUGGAUUCUAGAAGUCCAUUCCUAACUACUACUAAGAGAAGAGCAGCAAAUUAUUUAAAUGGCGUCCGUCUCCUCCUCCGCUGUUGCCACCGUCAACCGAUCCACCACUGCCCAAGCUAGCUUGGCGGCUCCAUUCACCGGUCUCAAGUCUAAUGUCGCUUUCCCAGUCACCAAGAAAGCUAACGACUUUUCCUCCCUCCCUAGCAAUGGUGGAAGGGUGCAAUGCAUGAAGGUUUGGCCACCAAUAGGGUUAAAGAAGUACGAGACCCUUUCAUACCUACCACCAUUGUCCGACGCCGCAUUGUCUAAGGAAAUCGACUAUCUUCUCCGCAACAAGUGGGUUCCUUGCUUGGAAUUCGAGUUGGAGCAUGGAUUUGUUUACCGUGAGCACCACCAUUCCCCCGGAUACUAUGAUGGACGCUACUGGACAAUGUGGAAGUUGCCUAUGUUCGGGUGCACAGACUCAGCCCAGGUCAUGAAGGAAGUUGAAGAGUGCAAGAAGGAGUACCCCAACGCUUUCAUCCGUGUUAUCGGAUUUGACAACGUUCGUCAAGUGCAAUGUAUCAGUUUCAUUGUUUCCAAGCCACCAGGCGUUCUGUAAGCACCAAAACCAAUCCUACGGUGCACCAAGAUUGACGAGUCUCUUCAAGACCAUAGGCUCUGUUGACUUAAACAAUGUGGAAUUGGCAUCA